GUCUUUUGAAAUAAAACUUGCAAGCAAUUCAUAUUAAAUUGCCAAGCCGAGUAGACGUCCCGGUUCUUUUUCACAAUAAACAAUAAGAAAAAAGUUUGCGUCGACGCGCUUAUUUAACCGUAAUUGCAGCUGGUAAAUCGUAUUAACAAGUUAAAAUGCCACAACUUCAGAAGCCCGCACCCGAAUUCUCUGGCACCGCCGUCGUCAAUGGCCAAUUCAAGGACAUCAAAUUGAGCGAUUAUAAGGGCAAAUAUUUGGUGUUGUUCUUCUAUCCGUUGGACUUUACCUUUGUGUGCCCCACGGAGAUAAUUGCAUUCUCUGAGCAUGCGGCCGAGUUCCGUAAAAUCAAUUGCGAACUCGUUGGCUGCUCCACCGACAGCCAGUUCACACAUCUGGCCUGGAUUAAUACGCCACGCAAACAGGGUGGUCUGGGCAGCAUGGACAUUCCCUUGUUGGCCGACAAGUCGAUGAAGGUGUCACGCGAUUACGGCGUGUUGGAUGAGGCCACUGGCAUUCCAUUCCGCGGUCUCUUCAUCAUUGACGAGCAACAGAAUUUGCGUCAGAUCACCAUUAAUGAUUUGCCCGUGGGACGCAGUGUUGAGGAGACACUCCGAUUGGUGCAGGCUUUCCAGUAUACCGACAAGUACGGCGAGGUGUGCCCAGCCAACUGGAAGCCCGGCCAGAAGACCAUGAAGGCUGAUCCCACCAAAUCCAAGGAAUACUUUGAAACUACAUCCUAAACAUCUGGCAUCAUUGGCUACUUAAUUCUUUUUGGUUCGCCUUUGGUGCUGUUGUGUGUGCGACAAUUGGCAACGCCGGCUGUUGUGACACAGAUGUAAACAAAAAAAAAAAAAAGGAUGGAAUUCUUGGAAUGGAAUAACGUCGUACACACACACACACACACACCCACAAACAGAGGCUGCUCACAACAUACACACAUACAAUUAAAUAUUAACACUCACAUAUAUUAGAACACAAAACACUAUUAUAAAUGUACCAAGUACCCAAAAGCCACAUACACAUAUGUAAUUUAAGCAAACAGUUUAACAAGUUCUGUUGCUUGCAAAAAAAAAGAGUAAUAAUGCAAAAUAAAGCCGUAUUGAAUAGUUAACCAAA